AUGACAGACCCCAACAGGAUGGUCAUCAACUUGGCCCUCUUUGGCAUGACUCAGAGUGGAAAAAGUUCUGCAGGGAACAUUCUUCUGGGAAGCACUGACUUCCACAGUAGCUUUGCUCCAUGUUCUGUGACCGAAGACUGUAGCCUGGGCCGCAGUUGUUACAACAGCUUCAUGCGUCGAGCUGGGCAAGAGGUACUUCUGCAGGUCCGGGUAUUAGACACUCCAGGCUAUCCACACAGCAGGCUGAGGAAGAAGCAUGUGGAGCAGGAGAUCAGGGAGGCUCUGGCACAUCACUUUGGGCAAGAGGGUCUCCACCUUGCUCUGCUGGUUCAGAGAGCAGAUGUGCCUUUCUGUGGGCAGGAAGCAACUUACCCAGUCCAGAUUAUCCAGGAACUUCUGGGACAUGCUUGGAAGAAUUACACUGCCAUUCUUUUUACCCAUGCAGAAAAAAUAGAAGAGGCUGGGUUCAAUGAAGAUAAAUAUUUACUUGAGGCUUCUGAUACAUUACUAACCUUACUAAAUUCUAUUCAGCAUAAGUAUGUUUUCCAGUAUAAAACGGGGAAAUUACUUAAAGAACAAAGAAUGAAAAUCUUAGAAAAAAUCAUAGAAUUUAUAAAAGAGAAUUGUUUCCAAGUUAUUACCUUUAAAUAA